CCUAUUCUUGGAAACCCCAAACAACUCCUUUUUAUCCUCUUUUCUUCGCUUAGAAAACAUUUCGGUUUCCACUUCCCCCAUUCUUGAGUUAGGGUUUUCGGUUCUGCCCUCCUUUCGCCUUUCAGGUUUAAACCCUAAUCGCCCCGAUCCCCCUCUUACUAGCCGUUAUUCCCUCUUUCCCGCCAAUUUUGACCUUCAUCUGUGGCCGUUGAUUGCCUCGUUUCAAAUACGAGCCGUUAGAUCGGUCCUCAUUCGGCUCAACCUUUUUUUUGUGGUCAAAAGCUUUGACCGUUGUGUCCCCCGUGGUUGACCGAAAUGUCGACGAACGAACCGGAGAAGAAGGUGGAGGAGGAGGGGGAAGAGAAGAAGAAAGGAGGAGAGCUCUUGUUCUGUGGCUCCACGUGUUGGGACAUUGUUGGUCGCCGCAAAGGCGCAGUUGAAGGGAACUUGAUUUCUCCCACACGCCUCCGCCCCCUCGUUGGCAUUGACAUCCGGUUCGUUGCCUCCGGUUGUGCGUCCUGUCAUUGCGUUGCAUUGGAUGUUGAAGGGCGAUGCUACACGUGGGGUCGCAAUGAGAAAGGGCAACUUGGUCAUGGUGAUACGAUCCAGCGUGAUAGGCCAACUGUUGUUUCAGAACUCUCAAAGUAUAAAAUAAUUAAAGCGGGAGGGGGGAGGAGUCAUACAGUUGUAGUUGCUGAAGAGGGUAAUUCCCUGGCCUUUGGUUGGAAUAAACAUGGACAGCUUGGUUCAGGUUCCACAAGAAAUGAAAUUGAGUUAUCUCCCGUCCGCUGUCUCGUGUCCCAAGUUACAAAUACUGCCUGUGGAGCAGACUUUACCGUGUGGAUAUCAUCUGUUGAAGGAGCUUCGAUACUCACUGCAGGGCUUCCACAGUUUGGUCAGCUUGGCCAUGGAACAGACAAUGAGUACAAUACAAAGGAUAGCUCAGUGCGGCUUGCUUAUGAAGCUCAACCACGCCCCAGAGCUAUAGCUACUCUUGCUGGGGAAACUAUUGUCAAAGUUGCAUGUGGGACAAACCAUACAGUUGCUGUGGAUACGAAUGGCUAUGUUUACACGUGGGGCUUUGGUGGUUAUGGAAGGCUUGGGCAUAGAGAGCAGAAGGAUGAGUGGGCUCCUCGUCGUGUUGAAAUAUUCCAGAAGCACAAUGUUCUACCUCCUGAGGCAAUUGUUUCAGCUGGUUCUGUAAAUUCGGCAUGUACUGCAGGUGGUGGACAGUUAUAUAUGUGGGGCAAAAUAAAGACUACUGGUGAUGACUGGAUGUAUCCUAAACCUCUCAUGGAUUUAAGUGGUUGGCAUUUACGUUGCAUGGAUUCUGGCAAUAUGCACCAUUUUGUUGGUGCAGAUUCCUCCUGCAUAAGCUGGGGCCAUGCUCAGUAUGGAGAGUUGGGAUAUGGUCCGAAUGGACAAAAGUCUUCAGCAGUUCCCAAAAAGGUAGACAUUUUGGAGGGCAUGCAUGUUAUCAGUGUUGCAUGUGGUAUGGGCCAUUCAAUUGUCAUUGUUGAUAGAACAGAUGUUGGUGACAGACUUGAUCAGCUGGAUAUAUAUGACGGUAAAACUUCUGGUGAAGGGACUGAGUUACCAGAUGCCAAAACUCCAGUUUCUAAGCCAAACAAUAAAAAACCUGCCAGUAAAACUCCCAAUGACUCAAAGAAGAGGAAGAAGCCAAAAGAUUCGUCUGACUCAGAGGAAGAAGAAGAAGAAGAAGAGAAUAGCGAUGUUGGGAGUGAUAGCAGUGGAGAACAGGUCAAUGGUAAGGUUUCUGGCAGUGGUCGAGGUAAGGGUGCUAAGAAGUCCACUUCAGGGGGAAAAGGCACUGGUCGUGGACGAGGUCGCCCUCCUGCAAACAAAAGUUCGCAGUCCUCUCAAGUAAAAACAGGUAAGAGAGGACGGCCCCGGAAGUCAUAACUGUUACACAUUCGCAGUCCGAUGGGAAAUUUUGUUCUCUCACUGUAGAGGAGUGUGCUUCUUUAUACAUUGGCCACUUUAUUUGCAUUUUUCCAACAAGAAUUGUUUUAAUAUUAUUGCUGUUGAGGCCCUCAAGUCCUCAACUCGUGAUCACCUGAUGAAACGAAUACUCCUGAAGUAACAGUUAAAUUGUUUUCUUUUCUUUCCGAUGAUUGGUGAAGAGCAGUGAGAAUAUAUUUUUGUUCCUUGAAA